AUCGGAUGCCGACCUCGUUUAGAUUAGCUAACCUUCGGAAAUAUAAAUAGUUUUUAAGCGCAUUCUAAUAUAAGGUUAAAUUUAACUCAGCCAGCAGUAUAAAAGGGGCGUUUGAGGAUCAAAGAAGGCCUCUCUCUUGGUGGCUUCUGGCGGUUGUGAAGGAGGAGGUUUACAGAGGAAGUCGCGAUCUUCAUCUUCUAAAGGGGAGAAGAAAAAAUAAACCUGUGAAAAUGUUAGUCUACCAGGACAUCUUCACCGGUGAUGAGCUUCUUUCUGAUUCAUUUACUUACAAUGAACUCUAUAAUGGAGUUCUAUGGGAAGUAGAAGGAAAGUGGGUGGUCCAAGGGGCACUUGAUGUUGACAUUGGUGCGAACCCCUCAGCUGAGGGUGGUGAGGAUGAUGAAGGUGUAGAUGAACAGGCCGUUAAAGUGGUUGACAUUGUUGACACAUUUAGACUACAGGAGCAACCGCCUUUUGAUAAGAAGCAAUUUUUGGCAUACAUUAAGAGAUACAUAAAGAACCUCACUCCCAAAUUGCCAGAGGAACGUCAAGAGGUAUUUAAGAAGAACGUUGAAGCUGCUGCAAAAUGGCUCAUUUCUAAGUUGAGCGACCUGCAGUUUUUUGUUGGAGAGAGCAUGCAAGAUGACAGCUCUAUGGUCUUUGCUUACUACAAAGAUGGGGCCGCUGAUCCAACCUUUUUGUAUUUUCCCGAUGGUCUGAAGGAGAUCAAAUGUUAGUUCAGAUUAGUGUAUUAACUAGUUAUGAAGAUUGUUUUCAUAUAGCCUUCAGUUAAGGGAUUAUGCCUAUGACAUGGUAUUCAUAUUAUGAUUGAGCUAUUUGAAUAUUUAUGAACGACGAUUUUGCUAUUUGAAUAAUUCUGUUA